CUGUAUGUUGACGUAUAUUUUACAAUUUAUUUCACACGUGGUAGCCAAACAAGCUUCUUAAAAUGAUCUCAUUGUGCUGUCGGAACAGAAAGCUACUUGUUAACGUGCAGAGUAUUUACCUUAGCAGAAAAUCAUUGAGUUCAGAAAAUAGAGCAUUAGAAGAAUCUACCGGAGUCGAUACAGAUUCUAAGGGAAAUAAUCAGCACGGCUUCUAUAUAGAUGCACGUUACAAAGUUUCAUCAGUGAACAACGCAGCAAAAGUGAAAAUCACUAACAAAGAAAUUGAAAACAAAAUUAUAUACAAUUCUUUUGUGGAUUCAUUUGUAGACAGAUCUCCAUUCAUGGAUCGUGUGAGGAAGUAUAAAAAAAUUAACAGUCAAGAAAGAAUACAAAAACAAAAUGAAUUACUUACAAAAGAAGUUGAAUCCAUUGUUGCAUCUGUAGUGACAGGUAAUGCUCCCCAUAUGAACUCUGAAGAACAGAAAAAUGAAGAAUUGAGCCAAGAAGAAAGUGACAGUGUUUCAUUUCCAUAUUUAAGGCACACACCCACCAAUCAAAAACUGCAAAAUUAUAAAGAAAAGAAGAUAGCCAAACUCUAUGAAUUACAUCUGAAGGAUGAGUUAAGUUAUGGCAGCCCAGAUCCAAGCAUUCCCAUGAGCAAGAUUCCUUGCGGUGGUUGUGGUGCUAUGCUUCACUGCCAAAGUCCAUCAAUUCCUGGCUAUUUACCAAGUGAAAUAUUCACCAUUUGUCAAACUCAUGAUUUACGUGGGAAAAUUUGCCAAAGGUGUCGUUUUCUCCGAGAACAUGAUGUCGCUUUGAAUGUAAAUAUCAGUCCUGAAGAUUAUCCGAAAGUCAUUUCAGUAAUUCGUGACCAAAUUGCCAUGGUCGUCCUUGUUGUUGACCUGGUCGAUUUCCCAUGUAGUAUUUGGCCUGGUCUGCUCGACAUUAUUGGAACCAAGCGGCCUGUGUGUGUAGUGGGAAACAAAGUUGACUUGAUUCCACAGGACAGCAGAGGCUAUUUGGACCACAUGAAAAAAUGUCUUGUAAAUGAGAUUGAGAAAAGUGGAAUCCGUCGUGCCAACAUCAAACACGUCUCGCUUAUCAGUGCAACGACUGGGUUUGGUGUUGAGCAACUCAUCACAAAAAUUCAAAAUUCUUGGGGAACACGAGGAGACGUUUAUCUUCUGGGGUGUACAAACGUCGGAAAAUCUUCGCUGUUCAACGCUCUCAUUAGUUCGGAUUUUUGUAAAACGCAAGCUUCUGACUUGUUGGAGAGGGCCACUGUCUCAGCCUGGCCAGGAACAACUUUGAAUCUGCUGAAAUUUCCAAUGCUACGCCCGACCGCUAUCCGAUUGCAUGAACGUACACUUCGUUUGAUAUCAGAAAAUAAAAUGCGCCGGGCCGAAGAGAAGCUAAGGAAAGAAAAGUUAAAAGAAACACGCAAUCGCGCUUUUGCUACGCUGAUAGGCCACAUCGGACGAACGUUUACAGUUAAGGCAAAAGAAGAAAUGGAAUCCACCGAUCCCUUUUCCAUGAGGGCAGAUAAAAUACCUAGUGAAGAGGACCAAAAGAAUUUUAAUCCCAACCAUAAAGACUUUGCUGCAAGUAAGUGGUGUUACGACACGCCUGGUACAAUCAGUCCAAGUCAGAUUUUGACCUUGCUCACGUUAGAGGAGUUGAUGCUUACGCUUCCGAAAAAACUUAUUAAGCCACGAACAGUAUUAUUAAAACCUGGAAUGACAUAUUUUUUGGCUGGAUUGGGCAGAAUUGACUACCUUGAUGGCCCUCAUUCACUACUAUUGACUACACUGUCUUCCAGUUAUCUUCCAUUAACACUAGUGAGUUGUGAAGAUGCUGAUAAAGUUUAUUCGGAACUUCUCGGAAGCCGACUAUUGGCUAUUCCUUGUGGAAGCGAACAACGAUUAAAACAGUGGCCCGGCCUCGUGAGCAAAGAUGUAACAUUCAAAGGUGCUGGAUGGAAGGAAUGUGCUGUUGACAUUGUCUUGUCGUCUGCAGGCUACGUUGCCGUGACAGGCGAAGAAGAUACAGAUUACAAUUUGAAAGUAUAUACACCUUAUGCAAGAGGCAUCCACAUCCGCUCACCUCCAUUACUGCGUCACGCUGUAAGGCUGCGUGGGAACCGGUUAAGUUCGAGUCAAGCCUUCUGUAACAAUCGCCUAAUCUUAACGUGAGACUAAUAGCAAGAAGAGAUCUAAGCA